AUGGCAGCUCCCGAGGAUCAGCAGCUCGAAGAGGAGCUGAAUCUAAGCCAAGCCUCCGGCGACAUGGAUCAGGAUUUCGAAGACAUUGAGCGCCAGAUGGCCGAAAUUGAGGAGGAACAGAAGAAGCUCCAGGACCUGCAGGGCGAGGUGACCGCCGAUUUGAUGAACAUUUCGUCGUCAAGCCAGAAUGGUUCCGUUUCCGGCUUCCCGCCGACGCUCACCCCCGAGGAGAAGGCCGAGUUGGACGCCCGCUCGGUUUACGUUGGCAACGUUGACUACGGCUGCACUGCCGAAGAACUGAAGGCGCAUUUCCACGGCUGUGGCUCCGUCUCUCGGGUCACCAUUCUCUGCGACAAGUUCAGCGGUCACCCGAAGGGUUUUGCCUAUGUCGAGUUCUCCGACCAGGAUGGUGUGAAAAAUGCCCUUCAAAUGGACGAGUCUCUUCUCCGUGGUCGACAGAUCAAGGUGUGCCAGAAGCGGACAAAUAAGCCCGGAAUUUCUUCUACCAACCGCCCGCCCCGAUCGAGAGGACGUGGUCGUGGUGUGAUCGUCAAAUACAUCUACCCUGGUGGCGGCUAUCGAGGACGUGGUCGUGGAAUGAGGCGACGCUCCAACUUCAUGAACAUUGCA